AUGGAUCCAGAACAAGCACCAAAGCAGGAGAGCCCACAACCAUUCAAUGCCGAUAGAGUCGACUUUGCCGAGACCAUCGGUGGGUCUCACACCCGCAAGUAUCUAAAUCAGCAUGUAACACCUGCCCUUCUUGAAGGGAUGCGGCUUGUUGCCAAAAACAAACCCAGCGAUCCGCUCAGAUACCUAGGUGAAUACCUUAUCAAAGCGGGUGAAGACCAAGACCAGCCUACAAACAGCAGCAGUCAGCCAAACGGCUCUGCUUCUCAAAACUAA